AUGGUCGUCUUGUCAGACUACGGUUGCUCGACAUCCGUAUUUACCAAUGCGCCGUCAGACUGUGCAGUUUCCAGAGGUACACUGUUCAAUGCGAACCAGUCUUCUAGCUGGUACGACUUGGGUCUUUUCAGUAUCAACGAGAAUGGGGUCGGUCUCGAAGUCAACCUCGGUGGGAUCUUUGGCUUGAACCCCCAGCCCGUUAAUUUUACUUCUUUGGGGAACUUCUCUUCACCUUCAUUCCUUACAACACUAAAGAACCAAGGAAAAAUUCCAAGCCUCAGCUGGAGCUACACGGCUGGUGCUCAGUACCGUUUAAAGCAAGUCUACGGCCAACUAAUCUUCUCCGGCUAUGAUACUUCCCGGUUUGUUGAGAACUCGGUAUCAUUCACCAUGGCUGGGGAUAUCACCCGCGAUCUGGUAGUUUAUCUUCAGUCGAUCAGCUAUAGUGGAUCAACUUCGGCGACAUUACUAUCUGACCCGAUUCUCACCUUCAUCGACUCUACGGAUCCCAACCUCUGGAUGCCAGGAGUGUCUGCGACGCCUUCGAGAAGGCCUUCGGGCUUACAAUGGACACCGAGAGUGGUGUCGUUUCGAUUGUCUGAUGUAGCCACUGGCGGAGCUGCUGUGACGAUCACCCUUCCUUACAAUGCUUUUGCCCUGACUGCGAAGGCUCCUCUAGUCAAUAGCAGCAGCCACUAUUUUCCGUUGAAACGCGCGGCCAAUUCGACACAGUAUACACUGGGCCGAGUAUUCUUGCAAGAAGCAUAUCUCUCCGUCGAUUACGAGCGAAACACCUUCAACGUAUCCGCCUGCUCAUGGAAUGAAAAUUCCCAGCAAGAUAUUGUCACAAUCACUUCCAAAGAUUCGGGAUCUACGUCUUGUGCUGGAAGUGCGUGCUCGUCCGGUACCAACAGCUCAGGUGACUCUUCACCACUCAGCCGCGGCACAGUAGCUGGCAUCGCUAUUGCAGCCCUCGUCGGUGUCGGCAUAUUAGCAGCCAUCCUAUUCUUCUUCAUCCGCCGCCAACGCCAGAAGACUGCAUACAAAGCGACCCCGCCGGAGCCAGACGUAUCUGUGCUCUCUGGCCCGGUACACAAUGCACCUCCUUCUGGUCCGAGCGACCAGUCUUCUCCACAGCCGCCAUUUUGGUCUCCCGACGCAAUCUUCGGAGGUGUGAGUGACAGCAAUAACGGACGGAGUAAUAACGGGCAUAGCAGUGGGAGUGGUAGGACCCAUGAGCAAAGCGUGGAUGACAGAGGUAUGGAGCUGGAUGGCCAUGGUACACAGAUAACUCCAGUUUAUCAUGAAUUGCCGGGCAGUGCGGUUGAGAAAACACGGCCCGAGCCAGAGCUAGAGCGACCCAAUACGCCAUAUGUGUAA